AUGGCAGCUGAAGACGAGGGAAAUGAGGGAAAUACCGACCUGAUCGAUAAAGACGGCCUCCUUGACAAUGAGGACCUUCUUCGCCGCUUGGCAAUAGAAGAUCACGUCAUUGCCGACCAUCACCGGGUUCUCAUCUUGUUACGCUUCCUUGGAGCCAUCGAAGAAGAGAGACCCUACCGGCGAGGCCGCCGCCGCCGCCGUCUGCGCACGAACACUCGGCUCGCUCGUCACUUAACUUAUAAUGUCGUUUCUUCACUUAGCGAGCAAUGUGCAGCGUGGCGCGAAGUGCAUAGCGUCUCGGCGCUGAACUUGGGGAAAUUGGCGGUUAAUAAUUACAAUUAUUAUAUCCCAGAGGGAAAACCUGGCAAGGCUCCUUGCCUAUCUGUUCCAUCUCCGCCGUACCCUGGGCUUAUUCACUAUCCCUCGGUCGACAAGAGGAAUCCAGCAUAUGUUUACCGCGUAGCUUAG